UUUGCAGGUUGCAUGGUAAUCUGGACUUGAUGCAUGGCAGUUGCAUGACCCCAGUAGGUCUUGUUGUGGGACUGAGAGCACACAGCUGCAGCCAUGGCUCAAACCAUGCACGUGAAUGGCAGCGGCCCAGAAAGAGGACAAAGAUGCCCAAGCACAGAAGACGAGAAGGACUCUGUGGCCCCAUACUAUGUUGAAACUCCCUACGGUUAUCAGUUAGACCUGGAUUUCCUCAAAUAUGUCGAUGACAUUGAGAGGGGCAACACCAUUAAGAAGCUGAGUAUCCAGAGGAAGCCCAAAGUGGGCAAACCCUGGGCAGUGCCUCGGGGCAGCACUGGCGGGGGCAGCACUCAGGCUGAAUGGACCUCCACAGACUCCUUGUCCUCCUCCAACAGCGAUGACAAGCAGUCCCCAGUCUUCUUCAACUCCAGGCCCCAGGUUUCUACUCCACUGACCCCCACCCUCUCCAGGGCAGCCUGUGAAGUCCCCCAGCAACAAUCAUACUCAAAUACAGCAGAGCUUAAACUGCUUCUCCCACCACCUUCACCCCGGUUUGCCCCUCGUCACAACCCCCAAGUGGAGAAGACCCUAAUGGAGACUCGUCGUCGUCUAGAACAGGAGCGCCUGCUCAUGCAGCCGCUCAGCGAGCCUCCGAUGCCCCGCCGUCGCCUCGCCAGCUUCGGUGGCAUGGGCUCAAGCAGCUCGUCCUCUUACUCAGGCUCAGUAGCCCCGAGCCAGAUUUCUCCCAGCACCCAUCAGCCUCUGCCCAUUAAUGGUCACCUCCCCAAUGGAGAGUAUAACCCUUACUACCCACCAUCUAUGGGCAGCUCCAUCCGCCACAGCCCCAUGAGCUCCGGCAUGACUACACCAGUGACUAACGUCAGCCCGUUACAUCUGCAACAAAUCCGGGAGCAGAUGGUUGUGGCCCUCAAGAAGCUGAAAGAGUUAGAGGAGCAGGUGAAAACCAUUCCCAUCUUACAGGUUAAGAUUGCCGUUCUGCAGGAGGAGAAAAGACAACUGGCUGCUCAGUCCAAAAAUCAAGGUCCUGUUGGUUUCCGCAAGCGCUCUUACAGCGUAGGUAGUGCUGACCAAAUGGAGAACCCAGGCCCCAUCCAAAAAGAAACAGAGCUACACAUCAUGGAGCCUGAAGCCCAGGAACAGAAUGCUCAGCGGCUGGAGGAGUUCAGGCGUCUGGCAGCGGAGGUCCAAGCUCUGGAGAAGACGACCCAGGACAAUAACAGUGUUGAAACUAAGCCUCAUAACCUCAAACAAAACCAAGCCCACCAAAAGUCCAUUGGUGUAGUUACUGAUGAAAACAUGAACAACCUUCCUCUCUCUCAGAGGAAGUCGACAAAAGAACAUUGUUUCCGGGAUGCAGGCGUUGGGACGGAGCGUCAGGAAGCUCACAGUGUAGCAGUCGGUGUGAACGAGGCCAUGCUGGGCAUGACCACAGAAGCUGAGAAAGAGAUCGAGCUACAGCAACAGACCAUCGAAGCACUCAAGGAGAAGAUCUACCGCUUGGAAGUACAGCUGAAAGAAACAACUCAUCAAAUGGAAAUGGGCAAGUUAAAGCUCGAGCUACAAGCGGCUGGUGGGUCAAACAAGAAAAAAGCAGAUAAAGGUUUAAUGGCCAAGCCUGAGAUGUACAACGCCUGCGUGGAGGCCAAAGUCCAGAUGCGCAGCCAGGGAGUGGGUGACCAUCUGGAGUUCAGCCAUACUGACUCAACUAAAACUAUAGAUACCCAUACUAUAGGAGUGUCCUGUCAACCUAGUGUGCAGAGCAUUGCCACUGGCCCAGAGAUCCCAAUGGACCAGUGGGUGGUGCAUGAGCGUGUGGCGGUAAAUGACCAGUGUGUAGGGAGACGGGUGGAGACGUCCCACCAGCAGGUUGGCACAGAGAUGAACAUUUGUGAGGUGGGAAUUAACACGGAGGAGUCAGUGGACAGCUUAGCCCUCUGCAAACCCAUGACGGAGUUGAGUAAGGAGUCGAGGUCAAUUGGCUGCGGAGAUUGUUCAGUGGAUGUGAUCGUUAGUCCUAUCAAAACGCUGGUGUCACAAGGAACGGACCCAGAACUUGUGAGCAAAGUGGACUCUGGUGUCAUGGUUGCUCCUGAUUCGGCAACACAGGAGACCAACACUGAGUCAGAAGUGGUGAGCAAGUCCACCAACACAAAAACAGUUGUCCUAACUGACUCUUUCACCAACAUGGUGUUUAAAACUAGUGAAAAGCACACCAACACAACUGUGACUGAAACGAGGACGGUUGCUGCCGGGGAAGGACUCGUUAAAGACGUUCACUCAACAGCAAAGAUGCGUUCGAUUGCUGUUGGAACCACCACAGAUGUGGAGUCAUUCCUCUGCAAACCAAGCUCUACUAAAACCAAAGAAUGUGGAGUGGGACCUGUUAGCGUUCAUGAGAACUUCUUGGUUGGUUUAAAAACCAGGAACAUAGCAUGCGGCCCCUCCCAACCAGCUGAGUCUGCCGCAUGCAGCAGUGAGGAAACCGAGGAGGUUAAGACGAAAGCUGCACCGCUGCAAACUGAGGCCCAGGACGGCGCUGGACUGGACCACUACAUUGAGAGGGUGCAGAAACUGCUACAGGAGCAACAAAUGCUGCUGGCAGAGAACUACAGCGAGCUUGCAGAGGCCUUUGGUCAGCCGCAGUCCCAGUUUGGAUCCAUCAACAGUCAGCUGGUCAGCACGCUGUCAUCCAUCAACUCGGUGAUGAAGUACGGGAGCGCUGAGGACAUUUUCAAGCUGCAGUCAGACCCUCUGGACUCGAAAAAAGAGAGCAGUCAGCUCUGCUCCGAGUCGCUCGCUGUCCGGACGCAGACUGAGAGGACUUCAUCAGGCCCGACACAAGCGGAUGACGCCGCCAACACACCUGCACAGCAGCAGCAGCUCAGCGCGGCCGAGCAGAAGAGCCGAAUGGACCUGCAGAUGUCUACAGCGCUGCACGGGCAGCCGUGCAGUCAGAGCACCCUGAAGUCCAUCAUGAAGAAGAAAGAUGGACGACCCGACUCAAACGGCACCAAGAAGAACCUGCAGUUCGUCGGGGUUAACGGAGGGUACGAGACUACAUCGAGUGACGACUCCAGCUCGGAGGACAGCAGCUCAUCUGGGUCGGAUGAAGAGGAGGAGGAGGAGGAGGAGGAGGGGGGAGAGGAGGAGAAGGAGAGCGUAAGAAACGAGGGAUACAAGAACGUGGAGGGAAAGAACACCAGGGAGGAGUUCCAGCCGGAGGGAGCAGAGGAUGUGGACAAGAAGGACGAGGAGGAAAGUUCAGAGAAGCAGGAGGCGAGAGAGAGAUAUGAGCUAAGUGAAAAGAUGUUGGCUGCGAGCAACGUUCUCAAAACUCACCUCAGUGACCCGAAGGCUGUAAGCAGUAAAGAUCUGAGAGCCUGUAUGAACACCAUUCAGCACGAGUGGUUCCGCAUCUCCAGUCAGAAGGCGGCGUUGGCGGCCAUGGUGGAGGACUACCUGGGGGCCUUCGGGGGAAUCUCGCCGGCCGUGCUGCGCCACAUCGUCAACAUGGCCGACGGCAACGGCAACACGGCGCUGCACUACAGCGUGUCGCACUCCAACUUCCAGGUGGUGAAGAAGCUGCUGGAUGCAGAUGUGUGUAACGUGAACCAGCAGAAUAAGGCGGGAUACACGCCCAUCAUGCUGGCCGCACUGGCCGCCGUGGAGUCGCCCAAGGACAUGCGCAUUGUGGAGGAGCUCUUCAGCAAGGGCGACGUCAACGCCCGAGCCAGUCAGGCUGGUCAGACGGGACUGAUGCUGGCGGUCAGUCACGGCAGGAUGGACAUGGUUCGGGCUCUGCUGGCUUUCGGAGCCGACGUCAACAUCCAGGACGACGAGGGAUCCACGGCGCUGAUGUGCGCCAGCGAGCACGGCCACGUCGAGAUCGUGAAGCUGCUGCUGGCCCAACCCGGCUGCGACGCCACGCUCAGCGACAGCGAUGAGAGUAACGCUCUGUCCAUAGCUCUGGAAGCAGGACACAAGGACAUUGCCGUGCUGCUUUAUGCACAUGUCAACUUCUCCAAAGCCCAGUCACCGGGGACGCCUCGACUCGGCAGAAAGACGUCACCAAGUCCCACUCGGAGGAGCAUGUUUGAUUAGAGGAGGAACCCGCCUCUGCCCACAAACCCUGCGCUGCUAUUGGUUCACGCUGAACGAUGCCUUACCCACAGCUGGAUGAGGGACUUUAAUCCCAGGCACCAAACCAACCAACCAACCAAUGAGAUUUCUGGAUGCUUUUUUUUGUUUUUUUUAAAUGCACAUUUGCCUCCAUGACGAGCCCAAAGUGCCCUUUUUAGAUUAUGAAUGUAACCAGCCGGUGCCUCCAGUCCCAUCACAUUCAAAUAUCUUCAAGUCGUCAGCAAAUCACCGGAGUUCAAACCAACAUGCACACACACACUUAACUAAUAAAUGCCAUUUUUUCCUUGUUUUUUCUUUUUUUUUUGCAAUUUGACAACCUUUUUUUAAUUUUUUUUAUUUCUAAAGCUCAAUGUUGAUCAUUCAAGAGCACCAAAACACCUUCAUAUGUGAUUUAUCUUUCUUUUGUUCUUAGCGUAAUACGCAUCAGAGUAGGCGGAUGAAGACUUAUUCACCCACUCAUUAGAGGAAAUAUUUCCUGUAUAUAUUGCUCGCCUCAUUUAUCCCGGUCUCUCAAACACGUGCACCCAGCUCUACAGUAUAUGUACAACUCAUGUGGACGAAUGCAUCAAUGAAUAAACAUGACCUAGACUGGAGAAAUUGUACUUUUAUACAAAUCCUUUGUAUCUAUUUAAAAAGAAGAAUCACAGUAUUUUGAAUAUUUCCUAUUACUACUUAACAAUCCAUGAAGUUAUAUAUUUAUCAAAGUAUAGUUUUUAAUGCAGAUAUUUGUAUUUCAUUGUACAUACAGUGGUCGUUAGUGUUAGUUAUACUCAGUUUUUUGUCUUGUGUCCAGUUUCUUUCUGUCUCCAAUGUGUAAUAUAUAAGCUGUCUGUCCUCCUCUAGUAAGCAUCAAGGUACUGACUUUCAUCGUCAAAUGAGAAUUGAAGUGCCUGAGACUUUGCCAUAUUACAAUAAACAUCAAUUAAAGAAU